AUGGCCGACUUUGGCAUUGGUGUUCCCGAUGAACUUGCGCGACUCUCGUUGGGCAACGGGGCAGAACAACCAGACUCCCGAGCUCCAGACAUGAACAGCGCAGGGAUCGUGGCUGUCGAUAUUACCGAUAGAUUCUCCCUGGCCGUUAGGACUUUGGAACCCGGUGAGCUCAUCAAGGAUGAGUUCUUUACCCUUUUCGAGUCCGUUGGGGCUCUAGAGAUCAUGGAUCCUAAGAUGGACAGUGGUUGCAUACAGCCUGGUGAUGAAUUUGAGGAGCUCUAUGAUGUUGGGCAGCCCCUCUUACCUGAAGAGGUCCUAGGUAUAAUUGACCAACUGAUAUGCCAUGAGAUGUCUUGGCAUCUCGGUUACCCUCUAUCGCAAACACUCUUUACCAGUGUCUACGUAGAGGCUUUAUCAAUGCCCAACCCUGUCGGCAUCGAGCAGGCAAUAUUUGUGAGAGACCCGAAGGAUAAAUCGAAUGACCAACCCAUGCUCCAAGUUCUGAGAGCGUACUGCUUAGGUUUGCUCAAAGCUUGUGGAUAUGUUAAUGAACGUGUCAGAGCUGAACACUCUUACGAGGAGGAGGAUUUCGUUACCAACACUUACAAUCGGACUCUGUUGGCAAACGUAUCGACUGAUUCAAUCCGGACUGCCAUAACUGAGGCCAAGGGUCUUCUACAAAGGCUUCGGAGUGACGCUGGCCAUUCUUAUCGGGCUGAAGUAAUAGAUGCCCUUGAGGUGCGCCUGGAGCUCAGGGAUAUAUUCUUGCAGGCCACUGAGUGUCCUCAAUAUAUCAAGGAGCCUAACUUAGCACAAAUCCCCUGGCAGCAAGGCAUAUCCCUUCUUCCGGCUCUGAAGUCGACACAUCAUCUUUGCAAGCCUGUGGAUGAUUCUUUCAGCGCCAAGUUGCAAAGAAAGCUGGCGAGCACAAUCCCACCGAGGCCCAUAGUUCAGCUUGGAUUCGACGAUGCCUUUGGGAACCUCAUUCGACUCUUUCAAGACGGCCUCGAAAUAAUCGGGGUUCUCCAUUAUACUGACACACAAUGCCUGCAGACAUGUGUGUCGGCGUUCCAGUCCAAAAAACCGCAGCCUUUGGUCUAUGUGAGAACGCUGCUCCAGACAUUCCUUUUCGAUGCUAUGGAGGUACUGGGUUCCAUGAGCAUUCGCCAACUCAUUGAUGAUGACCUCUCAAUAAUCACCUUGCCUGCGAGCCCUCUGUUGGACCGUUUAAAUGACGAAAUCGAGGUUGUUCAUGAUCCGCGGUUCAUAGUUUCUCAACAGAUGGAGUUCUUCCGUCAGAGGGCUGCCCAGCCUUUUCUAGACAUACUGCGUACUCUGUGUCAGAAUCGCUGUCGCGUACGAAGGACAUUAUGUCACACUGUCCGCGCUUGGGAUAAUCUUCAAGUCGACGCAGAGGAAGUUGACCAAGUCGUUCAAGCACAGAUAAAGGAAUCGCCAUUAUCACACAUGUUCCUGAAUGCUUCUCAAUACGCUGAUUCUUUGCCUUUAUCUCUGUCUUCAUGGGCCUACUUUUACAAGUUGCGACAAAUGGAAUGGAUCAUUCAACUCGGCUUCGAGUUGGAAGUGUACCAGGGCGACGAACUUGCAGGGAUGUAUUGGUACCUCAAUUACCUCGCAAAAUGCCGACUUCGGCACUUGGAGCGGAUCAAAUCUUUUACCGUCAGCAAAACGGAAGAGAUCCGUGCACUGCAGGCUCGCGAGGGCGGUCACGCUGGGCCCCAAAUCAGGCAACUCGAGCGUUCGCUCUCUUUCAUCCGCCUCUCACUCCUGGACGCAGCUGCUACAUGGGAACUUUCAGAUGCCCUGUCAUGCCUCUACACUGUCCUCGCGCGGUUGGGGCUUGUCAAACCCCCUGGGCGACCGUAUAGCAAUGAUGAGCUGCGGUAUGAGCUGCGGAUGAAACCAUUUGCGUCUAUUGGCUUACCAGAACUUCCGAGCUUUGAAGAUUUUACAGCAGGCACGAAACAGCAGGGCACAAGCACAGAUGACAUUCUAGAGUACUGUGACAGAUCGUUGAUGGGUGCUAAAAGGGCCUUCGAAACCAUGACGAGGCUACCACCCACGGAAUCGUUCUCUGUUGGAUCACAUGAAAGGUGGCUUGAUACAGCGAAAAAUGCGCUAAAAUCGUGUAUUGCAGCGGGAUUGGCUGUCAAAACGAUACAGGCGACACUGCGAAAGCGCGAGAAGGUCGAUAUGAAAUUCAAAGUAGAGAUACCAACUCCCGACAAGGCGUAUCACGACUGGUGGCUUGUCCCAAAACUGAUUACUCUUCCAUAA